AUGGGUAAGAGUCCCUUUUCCUUCCGCCGCCCCGCCUCUCGCCGGCGCCCUAAAAAGACUGCUGCGCCGCCCCCUCCUCCGUCUCCGCCGCAGCCGCCCUACGCGGCUGGGGUCACUGCCUCGCCAGAAACAGCCGCUGCGGGCGUCGGCGCCUUGACCAAGGUGAAGAAGAAGACUGGCGGCGCCCGGCUCUGGAUGAGGUUCGACCGGUCUGGCCGGUCCGAGCUCGUGGAGUGGGAGAAGAACGCUAUCAUCCACCACGCCGGGAUUCCUGCUCGAGACCUGAGAAUUCUGGGGCCUGUCUUCUCCCACUCCUCGAACAUCCUCGCUAGAGAGAAAGCAAUGGUGGUUAAUUUGGAGUUCAUAAAGGCUAUAGUGACGGCUGAAGAAGUGUUAUUGCUUGAUCCUCUUCGGCAGGAGGUUCUUCCCUUUGUUGAGCAGCUCCGGCAACAGCUUCCGGGCAAGAGUCAACCGAAACUUCUCGGCGCCGUGGAGGAGCAGGAAGGUGAAAUGCAGGGUUCUAAUGGCAGACAAUGGUUGCCUACGCCGGAGAUGGCCGAAGGUUUGCAGUCUGAGCUUCCGUUUGAGUUUCAAGUUCUGGAGAUUGCUUUGGAGGCUGUGUGUACUUAUCUAGACUCCAGUGUGGCAGACCUUGAGAGAGGUGCUUACCCUGUGUUGGAUGAAUUGGCUAGGAAUGUUAGCACCAAGAAUCUUGAACAUGUGAGAAGUUUGAAGAGUAAUCUCACGCGGUUGCUGGCACGAGUGCAGAAGGUACGAGAUGAAAUUGAACAUUUGUUAGAUGACAACGAAGAUAUGGCACAACUAUAUUUAACAAGGAAGUGGUUGCUGAAUCAACAAUUUGAUGAGGCUCAAUUGGGUGCCACAACCUCAAAUAACCUUCCUAAUUCCGCACGUUCUGUUCGACAACUCAGUUCCAACAGAAGUGAAAGUCUUGUGACUAGCCAUUAUGGGGAUGAUAAUGAUGUUGAGGACUUGGAGAUGUUGCUUGAUGCAUAUUUCAUGCAGUUAGAUGGCACUCGUAACAAGAUAUUAUCUGUCAGAGAGUAUAUUGACGACACUGAAGACUAUGUCAACAUCCAACUGGAUAACCACCGAAAUGAACUUAUUCAGCUGCAGUUGACAUUGACUAUUGCAUCAUUUGCUAUUGCUAUUGAGACUUUGAUUGCUGGUGUAUUUGGUAUGAACAUUCCUUGUAAAUUAUAUAGUAUAGAUGGAAUAUUUUGGCCCUUUGUUUGGAUCACGUCUGCAGCUUGUGUAUUGCUUUUCUUCCUUAUUUUAGCGUAUGCAAGAUGGAAAAAAUUGCUGGGAUCAUAA